AUAAGAACAUUUGGCGCCGUCAUAUUAUUGUUCGUUGUGCAACCAUAGUAUCUAUAUCCGUGACGUGUACUGCGGAUUUUCAAUGUCGUUAUCUUAAUAACGAAUCAUAACCUUUGUCCAUGAACAUUAGAGAAACAUUCUCUAAUGUUCAUGCCUUUGUCCUUUACUGAUUUUGCCCAAAUCGUGUUUGCGAUAACACACGUCUAUUGUCAAUAAUAUUUUCAUCAUUAAACAUUGUUUUUCAUCGCCAGUUGUUAAUAUUGUUACAGUGAACUCGGGCGGUUCAUCGUUUUAUCGGUACUUAUUCUUAAGUGUAUUGAGUGAUCAUUUCGAGUUUUCGUUAACUUACGCGUAGAACAAGUACUCGACUGUACGUUUGAAGCGGACGUCGUCGGACGCCAAAAAAAUGUACAAACUACCCAGCCUGGCGAAAAUGGCGUACUACGCGUGCGACAACAUCGACCGUGACAAGUUUGACUUGCUGGACGCGCCGGACGUCGAUAUGCGAAAUUGUUGCGAGUCGCUCUUAGAAUUAUUCAAAGUCGACAAAGACCAAGACGAGCGCAACGAUAGGCAGACAAUGUUUAGGCGGUCUCGGUUCGCCGUCAAUGACGAUAAUAUAUUUAAACACAUAUGCGAGAAGGCAGCGUUCAACGGGCACAUCGAUUGUCUGAAACUAGCACACGAGAUUGGCGUCCCUUGGGACACCGUGCCUGGAUUGGCCGAUUUCAGAGGUAAAGCGUGUGAUCUGGCGGCGAAAGCCGGCAAUCUGGAAUGUCUAAGGUACGCCUUUGAGAACGGGUGCCCUUGGGAUGAGGAGACGUGCAGCAACGCUGCGUUGAACGGUCACCUGGAGUGCCUCACUUACGCAUGGGAAAACGGGUGUCCUUGGGACGAGCAGACGUGCAACAGCGCCGCGUUGAACGGUCACCUGGAUUGCCUGAAAUACGCACGGGAAAACGGGUGUCCCUGGUACGAGAAAACGUGCCAAAACGCCGCAAUUGGCGGUCACCUGGAGUGCCUCGCUUAUCGUACUGGA